UCGCCUACGGUAAUUAAUCAUUCCUUUUGUUUUAAAUUUUUGGACGCACAUACACUAAACAGUAUCAAGCAUAGGGGAGGAAAGAGAUUCGCAUUUGUCAAUCGAAGGAAGAGAGAGGUUGUACAAAAAAAAAAAAAAAGGAAGAGAGAGAGGGAGAUAGAAUCCGAGAGAUCUUCCUCUGUUUAGAUAGACUCACAGAUAUCUCUCCCGUUUUCGAGUCCUGUCUUCACCGAGAUUCAUCUAUCUCUUUCUCGUUUUCGAGAACUCUCUUCAACUAUGGGUCUCUGGGAAGCUUUCCUCAAUUGGCUUCGAAGCCUUUUCUUUAAGCAGGAAAUGGAGCUUUCUUUGAUCGGGCUUCAGAAUGCUGGAAAAACUUCUCUUGUAAAUGUUGUUGCGACUGGUGGAUAUAGCGAAGACAUGAUCCCUACAGUAGGAUUCAAUAUGAGGAAGGUCACUAAAGGAAAUGUCACAAUAAAGUUGUGGGAUCUUGGAGGUCAACCCAGAUUUCGUAGUAUGUGGGAGAGAUACUGUCGUGCAGUUUCUGCUAUUGUUUAUGUUGUUGAUGCCGCUGAUCAUGAUAACCUCAGCAUCUCAAGGAGUGAACUGCAUGAUCUGUUGAGCAAACCAUCACUGAGCGGUAUUCCUCUGCUGGUAUUAGGCAACAAGAUUGACAAGCCUGGUGCUCUUAGUAAGGACGCAUUGACUGAUCAGAUGGGGCUGAAAUCCAUAACUGAUAGAGAGGUAUGCUGCUUUAUGAUCUCAUGCAAGAACUCAACCAACAUUGACUCGGUCAUUGAUUGGCUUGUCAAGCAUUCCAAAUCAAAGAGCUGAGCGGUAGUCUCUUUCUUGUAAUUUGGAUUGGUAUUGGUAAAAAUUCUGAGAGAUGGAUUUUUCCAUUGGUGGUUGGUGAGGUUUGUGCGUGCUAACUUGGUUGCUGAAUGUCUUACCGCGUUAAUCUUCUGGUUUGCUAUGCAUUGUACAUUAAUUUAUUCUACCUAAUUGAGAGGUGUUAUGAGUUUUUUUACCCUGCAUUGCCAAGAAUGGUUGUUUAUUUGCGAGUGCUUUUUAUUCUGAUCCUGGGUACAGACUUGAAGAAAUUAGUAGAA